AUAGCUUUUAAACUGUGGGUGGGUUCUUAGUUGUCUUUAUGGUUAUGACUGACUCCUGUUGUGAGUUAGGAAUGGAUUGAAGUUGUAUUGCUACACAACCUCAACCUAGUUUCCUCAUGAAUCCAAUUUUCACUGGUGGAACUAAUUUAGAUUAGAGCAUUAGAUUUUUGGAAUCAGCUUGAAGGACAUGAGUACGUAAAUUUAGUUAGAGUUGUAAUAGUUAGCUGCAGGAAUGUAAUGUGGUGGAUUUGUAUUUCUUGCUUUAAGUUGAAGUGGAGAACCUUCUAUCAUCAGGUAGGAACCUAACUCAAUUAGAGCCCACAAUUACUUUCUUUUGCCAUCUGAAGAUUGCUUUCAGCGGGUUUUGAGGGGAAACCCUAGCCAAGAUGGUAAGAGAUCCACGCUUGUAACAAUAAGGUCAUGACUUCGAAUCCUUGCCCCCCUUCGUUUGAGCCGGUCAUCUAUGAGUAACCUAGGUUGGUUUACUUUAUUGAGGUCCUUUGCCAGUUAGGGUCACAAGUCGAAAGGGUUGUGGGGUUCCCUCGUCAUCCAAAGAUUGCCUUCAUUUCAGCCAUUAGGUAUAGUAGGGAGAAGGAAUCAACUUUAUCACUGUCUAAGUGGCUUGGCAGUAGAUGCAUCUCAAAGUUUAGUUUACUUAGUUUACUUUGUGAUGCAUAUGUGGGAGGUCGAAGGAAGGUAGUGUUGUGUGCAUUUAGGUUGCAAAUGACAAAGCUGGCAUCUGCAGAUGUAGAUUUCUUCACAGAAUAUGGUGAGGGUAGCAGGUACAGAAUCGAGGAAGUAAUUGGAAAAGGUAGCUAUGGAGUUGUAUGCUCUGCAUAUGAUACAUAUAUUGGUGAGAAAGUUGCAAUUAAAAAGAUAAAUGAUAUCUUCGAGCAUGUUUCCGAUGCAACACGUAUCCUUCGGGAGAUUAAGCUUCUUAGACUUCUUCGCCAUCCUGAUAUAGUGGAAAUCAAGCACAUCUUACUGCCUCCUUCUCGAAGGGAAUUCAAGGACAUAUAUGUAGUUUUUGAACUCAUGGAGUCUGAUCUUCAUCAGGUCAUUAAAGCAAAUGAUGACUUGACUCCAGAACACUAUCAAUUCUUUCUUUAUCAGCUUCUCCGAGGAUUAAAAUACAUACACACAGCCAAUGUCUUUCACCGAGACCUAAAACCAAAAAAUAUAUUAGCAAAUGCUGACUGCAAACUCAAGAUCUGUGACUUUGGUCUUGCAAGAGUGGCCUUCAAUGAUGCCCCCACAGCUAUAUUUUGGACAGAUUAUGUUGCAACAAGAUGGUACAGGGCUCCUGAAUUGUGUGGAUCCUUUUUCUCUAAGUAUACACCAGCUAUUGAUAUAUGGAGCAUUGGCUGCAUAUUUGCAGAACUCUUAACUGGAAAACCUCUCUUUCCUGGGAAAAAUGUUGUUCACCAGUUGGAUCUGAUGACUGAUUUAUUGGGAACGCCAUCUCCCGAAGCCAUUGCCAGGAUUAGAAAUGAAAAAGCUCGAAGGUAUUUGAGCAGCAUGCGUAAAAAGAAGCCCAUACCUUUCUCCUAUAAAUUUCCAAAUGCUGACCCCCUUGCACUAUGCUUGCUGGAAAGGAUGCUUGCUUUCGAUCCAAAAGAUAGACCUACUGCCGAAGAGGCUCUUGCAGAUCCAUAUUUCAGAAACUUGGCCAAAGUUGAGAGAGAGCCUUCUGCACAUCCAGUUACAAAAAUGGAAUUUGAGUUUGAACAGCGAAGGAUAACAAAGGAGGAUGUAAGAGAUAUAAUCUACCGAGAGAUUCUAGAAUACCAUCCAAAGAUGUUGAAGGAGUACGUAGAGGGGGCAGAGCCAACGGGUUUCAUGUAUCCUAGUGCGGUUGACAAAUUUAAGAAACAAUUUGCAUAUCUUGAGGAGCACUAUGGAAAAGGUGGAGGAGUUGUUGCCCCACCUGAGAGACAACAAGCCUCAUCACUGCCAAGGCCAUCUGUCUUGUAUUCAAAAAAUUGUGGCGGGCAAAGUCCAGCAGACGUUACGAAUGAUUUCUCUAAAUGUUCCAUCAAAGAAGGUGGCAAUCCAGCCAUGGACAGGAAAUCGGGGAUACCUAUGACAAGAAUUCCUCUACAAGUUCCCCAAGCUGUUCAUGGUGGUUCAGGCAGGCCUGGAAGGGUUGUUAAUUCAGCAACGGGGCGUAUGGCAGCAGCAGAUGCCAGUGAGCAGCGAAGAAUGGGUAGAAAUAUUCCACCACCACAAUAUGCUAUUUCUAAUUCUGCUGCUUCAUAUCCUAGGAGACACCCCAAUUGUAAAAGUAAAAAUGAUGGGGGAGAAGAAGAGCCUAAGCCAAAUCAGUACAUGCCAAGAAAAGUAGCUGCUGCAGCUCCUGGUGGAUCUGGAAGCCAAUGGUAUUAAACAAAACUUGUUUGAAUCUUCGAGCUGAUCGAGCCAAGCAUGAUGAAGACAUUGGCUGGAAAAUUAAGAUGGUUAACUCAAAUCACUUUCCACUUGAGGGCAGGCAGGCAGGCUGGCUGGCUGUGAGCUUUGAUUUAUUAGUUACUCCAUUAUAUAUAUAUAUAUAUACCUGACAAGUUGCAGGCUUGCAGAGCAUUAUAUUAGGUAGGUGUGUAUUAACACUGCCACCAUAAACGAAACCCCACAAUAUGGAAGUUUGGCACUUGAAACAAUUCUCUUUAGCUUCUUUAUAUCAAGCUAGAAUGGGUUUUGCAUUCUCAUCCAUCACCAUCACUGUUCUCCGGCCAAGAUCAAAGGGGAGUUGAAGGCGCCUGUAAAGAACAGGCAGACAGAAGCGCGCAGGAAACUCGAGUAAGGGUUGAAGUUAAAUUAUUAUUUCCACUUUUUUUUUUUUUUUGCCAAAGCAGUUGUAAGCUAUAACUCAUAGUUUGGUUCUAGUUAAGACUAGUGAUCAUUUCACACCUGAAUCAUUGUUGCUGUAAGCCUACAGGCUUUAAUCUUGGCCUUGGGGAAUGGUAUUAAUAGAUGGCAAAUUACCAAGUUAUCUUAA